AUGGGUACCGUCGGUGUCGCCGGAGCCUUCGCAGGUCUCGAUGUCGUCACCAACGCCUCCUCUGUCUCCUUCGACCCAGAGACCGCAUCCCUUCUGUCUCGGACCGCCGAUGGUUCCCUUUCCAAGAUCGCCUCGACGAACACGGGAGGGAGCAUCUUCGCAGGGUGCGCCAUCGACGACGUCUUCUACUUCGCCGGCUCCUUCUCCUCCGUAGGCGAGACCACUGCGAGCAACGUCGCGUCCUUCGCGGGCGGAUCCGUCGCCGCUCUUGGCGUCAACGCCCCCAACGGCGUCUUCACGUCUCCCGGCUCCGCCGUCGCCGUUUGGGAUGUGGCUUCCAAGGCCUGGUCUGCUGCCCCCUUCGGCGGCCUUCCUGGCGCGUCCUCCCAACGGAUCCGUCGCGCCAACAACACCAACAACCCCGCCGUCCCCUUUUCCACCGGCGCGACGCCCUUCACAUCCUCUCUCGUUCCUAUUCCCCUCCAGGAUGCGGAGGUCGACGCUGGCCCUUCUACCACCCAGACCGGCUUCUCCAACAUCUCCAACAUCCUCUGCCCCGCAGGUGUCGAUGGUGCGGGCAGUACGUGGUUCGGAUCGGACGGAGGCACCGCGGUGAUCACCGUACGCAAGUUUUCUUUCCUGAGCGCGGUUGGUAUCCGCCUUGGCAACACUUUCCUCAACGGUCGCGGGACAACGGCGUUCAGCGUCGCCACCAUUCCUGACAAUGCCGUCCAAACCCUCACCUAUGUCGACCCGGCCGACAACAAGAACAAAACGUGCACAAACAGCUGCCCUCUCUCCACCGAUUCCAGCGUUCUUUACCAAGACUUCUUGUUCGAUGCGGACCUGGACAUCACUGGCUUCCAACUCACGCUCUCGGGCUUCCAGGGUGCGGGCCCGGGUUUGCACAUUCUGCAGCUGCUGUCGUCGGGUGCCUUCGCCUCUGCUGUUCCCGAUGACAACCUCCCGUCGUGCUUUGCGCCUGUCGCGUCGAACACGACGAUGACAGGAACGUGGACCCAGAAGAGAUCUUCCACGAGCAUCUCCGGCACGACCCAAACUGUGCUUGUCGCUGAUGUGGACGCCAACACUUCCGUCGAGAAGGCGCCGAGUUUCACCUGGCAGCCCUACGUCUCCGCGUCCGGCGAGUACCAGGUCAACAUGCUCGUUCCCGGCUGCACAAACUUCCAGGAUUGCGACCUCCGUACCACCGUGUCUGUGCACGUCUUCCCCGGAGAAAACAUGGACCCUUGGGUGACCGAUGUCGAUCAGACCAACAAGGAGGACAAGACCACUCUCAUCUACAGCGGUCCUAUCUUCCCCACCACGCCAGACUUUGUCACUACCGUCUCAAUGGCGCUCAACGAUGACACUACCAAGCAGGUCGAGAUGGUCGCGGACCGUAUCCAGUUCAUCCUUACUAGUGCGAACACGACCUCGACCAGCUCUUCGAGCUCCAACUCGACCGCGAGCAUCUCCAACCGUGGGUUUGGCUUCAUCGAGUGGCCUCUGGGUAGCAGUGCAACGACCACAAACAACAGCGCGAUCCCGACCGCCGCGAUCACCAGCCUCGAUAAUGCUGGCUUCGACCUUUUCAACGAUCUCGGGGGUUCGACCUCUUUGACUGGUGCAGCGGCGUCCAUCGCGGCUGUUGGUCAGCACCCAUCAGGGAUGGUUUUCCUUGGCGGCAAGUUCAGUCUGUCCAACGGCACCGCUUCAGGCGCGAACAACAUCAUGGUGUUCAAGAACGGUGCUCUCGCUGCGCUUCCCAACGGUGGUCUCAACGGCGCCGUAACGUCAUUGGUGGUUGACGGAGACCUCGUCUUCGUGGGCGGCUCUUUCUCCGACACUGCGCAACCGUCCAACAGCGCGCUCCGCGGCAUCGCUGCCUACUCCGUGUCCAGUAACAGUUGGCAAGCCCUCGACGGUGGCCUCAACGGCGGCGUCACCUCCCUUGACAUCGCGAACAACCAGCUCCUGAUGACGGGCAACUUCACGCAAGUCUUCACGUCGACAGAUAGUGGUUCCGGUCAGGACGCCUCCGGCCUUGCCGCGUGGGACAUCGCCAACAAGGAGUGGACGAACAGCGGUGGCUUCCUCAUCGGUUCCAUGACGUUCGUUGGGAACGGCACGUCGAGCGACACCGAGUUUGUCGCUGGUAGUGUGUCCGCCUCGCUCGGGUUCGGGGCGUCCGGAUUCGUCACAAUCCAGAACGGCAAGAACGGCGAGCCGGAGAUCACGCCCCUCGCGGUUUCCUUUAAUGGCGCUUCCUCCUCCUCCAACUCGUCCUCCAAUGCGCGCCGCUCGCACCAUCGUCGCACUCCCACUGGCUGGAUUUCCAACAUCGUCAACGUUUUCAAGCGCGCCACGACUUCAACCAACCUCGCGCCGCUGCCCAGCGCUCCCAGCGCUUCCGCUCCGGCGGUGCUCGCAGGCGCGUUCUGGACGAACAGCUCAUCGUCCAAGGAUGUCAUCAUCAUCGGCGGCAACUUCAGCUACAUCGCCAACGGCGUGAACGCGCAGAACAUUGCCGUGUACGACGACGCCGCGAAGACGGUCACCGCACUCAAGGGCUCGCAACCGAAGGGCGUCGUCCGCUCCCUCCUCGUCUCUGGCGACUCGCUCUUCGUCGGCGGCGAGUUCUCGAUCGACGGGCUUUCGACCUCGGGCUUCGCGCUCUACAACCUUGCAACCCAGGUCUGGGACAUGUCCGGCGUCGACUCGCUCCAGGGCAGCGACGGCGCCGCCGUCGUCGUCCGCUCGAUCAGCAAGUCCACCGCAGACGGCAACCAGAUCAUUGUCGCUGGCUCGUUCGCGCAGGCGGGCUCCGCCGCGUGCCGCGCCGUCUGCUCACUCGACAGCACAACGCGGGUUUGGGCGGCGCUUGGGAACGGUAUUCAGGGAGAUGUCUCUAACGUCGUGUACUCUGGCUCUGAGGCGCUCAUCGUUGGUGGUUCCAUCGCCUUGGCGGACGGUACCAGCGCCAACGUGGCUACCUACGCCUUCGCCAACUCGACUUGGUCAGCCGUCGGUGAUGGUAGUGACCUGCCUGGUCCUGUUACUGCUGUGGAGAUCAACAACAACAACGCGAGCAGCAUCUUCGCUGCCGGCCGUUCUACGGACAACACAACGUCGUUCCUGUCCUUCUGGAAUGGCGUGUCCUGGACCUCAGUUGGCUCCACGCUCCAGAGCACCACGGAGGUAACCCAGCUCAGGAUGGUGCCCCUUCAGAACAACCACAACGCGAACAGUGUGAUCGAGACAGACCGUGUUCUUAUGGUCUCUGGCACGAUCUCCGACUCGUCCUUCGGCAACGCUUCCACCGCACUUUUCGACGGCAGCUCCUUCCUUCCGUACAUCGUCUCGACUUCGCAGUCCGGCUCCCCCGGUGUCGUCGCUGGCCUUUUCGCCUCGCUUUCCUCGUUCAACUUCAACCAGCGCCACUUCCUCGCCACUGGCGUCGUCAUCCUCAUUUCCAUUGCCAUCGCCGCCGGUAUCGUCUUCCUCCUAGCGCUCGUCGAGAUCCUCUGGACGCUCUUCGCCCGCCGCGACGACAAGGGUAUCAACAACUACGACCCAGCCGACACCGGUGCGGACGACGACUCGACUCACCGUCCGUCGUCCCUCCUCGAGCACAUCAACGCCGCGACGCGCACGACGAUCCUUGGCUCAACAGCGUUCGGUGGAGCCGCGGCCGCGGCCGCGGCCACCGCGCACCAUGAGAAAGGGGCCGGGUACGGGCCCGCAGCGACGCAGGACGAUCCGUUCGGUGGCCCCGACGCGAGUAACUACGUCCGCGCGGACACACCGUCGGACGCCCUCGGCGGUGCACUUGAUGGUGAGGACCACAGUCGGCCAGCCCACGCCCGCUACUCGUUCGACGGGAAGGGUGAGGGUGAGCUGCCCCUGCGGACAGGUCAGGAGCUCGAGAUUCUCGAUGAUAGAGACGCUGCUUGGUGGUACGCGAGAGACACGCGCACAGGCCAGGAGGGCGUCGUUCCCGCCGCGUAUGUGUACUAG